UGCUGGGGUUAUCGCAUUAUGACACUACCAAUAAUGUUUAACAGGAAUUCCCGCUGACCAGCAGAAUCGGCAGUGCAGAUUAGGAAAGUCGUGUGUCCACUUGUUGAGUGGCGGGCCGGCCAACAAGAACGAUGACAUUGCCACGGGUAGAGCUCUUCAGGAGGAAACUAAAGUGUUGCGUAAAAAAUGUGGCUAAUGAAGGGCAACGUAGAAGCUACUUUCUACCUAUUCUUUGGCAGGCAAUGUACGUCGCCGGUGACGUAUCAGUUCAACGAAUCUGUGGGAGGGGGUCGCGCCUUCUACCGGCACGACUUCAGCAGUUCGUGGCUUGAUGAUCUCGUUUAUCGCGGACAAGACAGUUUCCAAGUCGGUCUUUCGCUGCUGCACUGCGGUGAUAGAUCGCAGUAUGUUAUCAGGCACCAUGACAGACACUAUGCAGACCUACACCCCCGGUCUCUUCGACUCUGCUGACGAGUCCGAAGGCUAUUAUCGAGUGUCAUCUUUCUUUUGAUGCACUAAAAUUAAAGUGGCAUGGCUCAGGACAGUUAACUGCUGGUAGACUUCCUUGUACGUGUUCGAAAAAUGUGUUUUGGUGACUGC